GCCCUUCGAGUGCUGGCGGCCAUCAGGAGACGACCACGCUCUGGCUUCGUUAGUAUUGUGCUUGGAAACAAUGCACCGGUCUAUCACCUCCCUGCUGCCUUCAAUGAGCUCAACGAGCACUUUGCGGCGGAGGCGAGGCAACUUGGUGUGCACACCCUCGACAUAAAGCAGCUCCUCGAUCGCGCUGAAUUCAAAGAUCUGUGGCAUCUGUGGCGCAGUGACAGAAACAGAGCCCUGCUUGGACCCUACUUCGCGAGGGAGGUGCAGGUGUUGUUGUUGGAAGCCACAACGGCCCGGUACUACUGCAGCCUGAAAAGGCUUGCCGAGAAGUUUCCAUUCGACCCGAAUGACUACUUCACCAUCGAGGAGCGCACCGAGUUGGUGAGUCAGAUCCAUGCCGGGCAGAUGGAGGGCGUCUCGACAGCCAGAGAAAUCAACAGGACUGCAGAACGACCCGAGGCCAUUUCGCGGGAGGCAGCCAACGACUCCUUGAAUGAGUUGAAUGCGAUUGAAGACUUCUACUUGUCAAGAAUCCCCGCGAACCUUGCAGUGCCUCCUCUCCCAGCAGAACUUGUUCGAUCAGCUGAGGAAGCACAGCCUGCAAGGAAGCCAGUGGAAGAACAGAGUGCCGGGGGAAACCCUGAGCCGGGUCCAGAUGAGGUGGACACCACCGUUCACCGAGAGAUCGACGCCAACUUCGCCGUCGACACAUUGGGCGAUCUUCCGGACCUGGCUGUUCGAAGUUCCACCAGAGAAGUGGCCGAAGGUGCAGAGCCGCAAAAGAAGGGCGGCAAGUGCCUCGAAAUGGAUGCCGAGGGAUGGGUCAAGGUCGAAGCCGUGCUCGAGUACCUCAAGGCCGAGUCGGAUGAGACCUGGGCGCUCGCAGAGGUGAUCGAUGCGUUUAAGUUCGACAAGAAGCAACGAUUCGCUCUGCGAGGCCCGGCUAGCCCCCAUAGCAAGCUUCUCAUCCCAGUCUGGCCCUACCAGAUCCGGGCAAACCAGG